UCCCUAAAGUAUUUAUUUUUAUACCUUCCCCUACUGGUCAACAGUGUCCAGAUAACUCAUCAUCUUCCCUGGUUUCCUUCUCUGUCCCUCCGCAACUUUUAUCAGGCUGCCUCCAAGAUCCCUAAGUGCAAAAACUAGAUUGACGUGUUUUGGAGUCCACGUAGGUGAAAAACAUGCGGUGGCUGGGCCUGCCAAUUGACGUGUUCUGUUAUGUUAUCUCCUUGAACUUAUAUUGCAGGGUGAUUUUGUAAACACUUGCUGAUUCUGUGAACUUAUUCAAGCAUGCCCUCUUGUUACUCACUAUCCAUGGAUGCCAAUCUCCUUUGCUUCUUUGCUUGUUAUAUCUAUACGGUUAGCUAAAAUAGCUUUUGAAGCCAAUUUCAGCCUACCUAUUCUCCACUUCACUUCAAUUUUCCAAUUCUCUCGCUUUCAUAAAUCCCAUCUUGUUUCUAGUCUUUCCAUCCCUUUUCUUUGUGCUUCGAACAUUACCAUCUGCAUCCACUGAAGUUCAUUCCAAGAUUGAAAGAAGUUAUGGUGUGCCAAGCAGCAAGUCAGACAAAAUUUCGGGCUUUAAAACACGAGAGUGGGAUUCCUGGACGAGCAACCAUUAUAGUUAGAGUUAUAGCAUGCUUUCAACCAUUGCAGAAUUGCCAGGCUGAGUAUUUCCGCCAAUUGCUUAAACCUGUCACGUAGAUUAUCCCCAAAGACAUUCAUCGUUGUGUUUAAGUUCAAAGUUAGUCUUUUCCUUUCUUUCUUGUUCCUGAAAACAAUUGGCACCGGGACCACAAACAUCAAUAUACACGGUUUUUAACGUGGCUGAAUGGUUACGGGCAACGAGCUUCAACCUUGCCAGCAGUGUCCUGCAUGGAUUUCACCCAAUUUGAGCCAUGUUUCUGCACUUUUGCAGCUCAGGCAGCAAGUCAAUCUGCCAUCGUUUCCAAAUUCUUCUGCAUUUUCUGCAAAUGCACUUUCUCCCGGGAUUUCCACUUUGCUCAAUGGCUCGCCUAACUUAGAAGCAGCCCAGACGAAUGAAACCAAUGGGGUGUUUUUACCAAUGCUUCCCGAUUUGAACAUCUUACCUCCUCCUGCUACAAAUAAUCAAUAUCUGAGUGAAUCUCAACCAGCUGGGAGACGAGUUCUGCCAAUUGACACAUCUGUGAAAAAAUUUCUCAUUUUUGAUCAGUCCGGGGACCAGACUAGAUUGUUUAUUGGUCCAUCUUUUAGUCCUCAGAAUGAGCUUCUGUCCAAGAAAAUUGUUGGCAAUUAUGGUUCACAACCCGAAAACUUGGGGACUCUCAGUGGGCACAGUUCUCCUAUGGAACCCAUAAUUGAAGAACCACUGAAUAGGACCCAUGGCAGCUGUAAAGGAAGCGAGAUGCAUGAAGACUCGGAAGAAAUCAAUGCAUUACUCUAUUCUGAUGGAGACGAGGACGAGGAGCAUGAUGAUGAUGAUGAUGUUGAUGGGGAGGAUGAUGAAGUAACUAGCACGGGUCACUCUCCGUUUAUGGUUACACAAAGUAUAAGUGAUCAUCAACAGUUGAGGCAACUUUCUGAGGACACCGCCAGCUCUGAUGGCUCAUCAAAAAGGCAAAGACUGCAUGAUGGCGGGUACAAGAAGUCAUUUACACACACUGCAACAUCAGCAAAGAUACCCAAAUCCUGCACUAAUGUGGAUGACGGGGAAUCAAGCUGUGUUAAGGAAAGCAACUCCCACAUGUGCAAUAGGGAAAAGAAGAUAAGAAUCCGCGAGACAUUGAGAGUUCUUCAAAGCUUGAUUCUUGACAUAAACAGCAAUAAUGAUCCAUUGUUGGUCAUCGACGAGGCAAUAAACUACUUAAAGUUCAUGAAGCUGAAGGUGAAAGAGAUGGGAGUUGAACUCGAACUCCCUCAAGCACACGCCCCAUUUCCUCAAUAGACAGUGAAAAACGGGGGCGCUGUUCAACUGAUAAUACAUACUUCUGUAUACAAUAAACCGAUAAAGGAGAAGCUCAAUGGGAGGUGUGCUUAAUUUUGUGCUUUUCUUGAAGAGGUUGAGCAAAAAGGGACGAUAAAUCUUUGAGUAGAGAACUAGAGAUGAUUGUUUUCAAGCUUUUUAAGGAUUAAAGGUAAGUCACACGUUUGAAAGCAUGUUUAAUGGUAGUGCUGUGCUGUAAAUGAAGACAGAACCCUAUUUGUCUAUUUGAGACCUCCAUCACUCCAUGGAUUGAAAGCAUGCGUGUUUCUUGAUUUGGGUCCCACCCUCCAUCACCCCCACUGGUUCUUUGUCUUUAUGAGUUGUGAAUUCUUCUUUUAUCUUGUGUUGCUCCCAAAAGGGUGAUGAGGGCUGGAAGUAGUAUACAAAAAGUAUGAAGAGAUGGGAUGGCGCAUGGAGUGAGGGGCCCUGCCUGGAAAAAAGAAAGAUUUAUCAAGAAAAAAGGGGUUGAUGGGGGCAGCCAUCCAUCCAUCCAUGAUCAAAUCUUGUCUUCAAGUUUGGUGUUUGUUUCCUUUUAUAUUGUUUUCAGUUGGCGUGUUGUGUUUCAUGAAAACUGACCAUGGACCCCCCCUUCAUGUCUUGAGAUGCCAUGAUUAUGGUGUGACGUAUCUGUUUGUGUUGUGGUUAGUAUAAAUAUCACUCUGUAUUUGGUGUCUGCUUCUUCAAUUCACGUUAUUUGUACCAAAUCUUAUAUCGUUUAACGAAUGUGUUAAAUUAAA